CGAGAAUUUGCUUCCUUCCCAUGCCAAAGCGUUGAGCUUGAUGACCCGAGGAAGCCUCAUCCUUGCCGGCACAGUUUGAGUCACCCCGGCUGCAUGCGCUAACGCAUGCGGUUUCUGGCAGCCUGCCUCAAUUCGACUGCCUGGCGAGGCUCCCGCGAGCGUCAAGAUAUAUAAGCUUAGAAGACAUCUCGUUGCGCCUGUUUCUCACAUUCCGCGCCUCUAAGCCUUUGUCAUAAGCCAUGACAGUCGAUCAAAGCACUCGGAUUGCGCCGACGGUCAGCACAGACGCCCUAGCAGGGUCUGAGUCGGUAGCAGCGCACGACAUCUCGGUACCCGACUAUUACCGUGCCAAUCCAGACGUCAACGCCCUCAUCGUCGGCGCCGUAGUAUUUUGCGGCGACGAAAUUCUUGUUAUUCAACGGGCGGCAGGCGACUUUGCGGGCCUGAUGUGGGAGGUCCCGGGGGGUUGCUGUGAGGCCGACAAGGACAGCACCGUUCUCGCGGGCGUGGCAAGGGAGCUCCUGGAGGAGACUGGUCUGCAUCUGCGAAGCAUCAAACGCGUGGUUGACGAGGUCGACAUUCCGGACCACCAAAAGGUCGAUUUCAUGUGGCGCAAGGUCACUUUCGAGGUCGAGGUCGAAGAGGGCCACGGCCUUGCGGCAGCGGACAAACGGGAAAUCAUGACGGCUGCGGUCAAGCUCGAGCCGGAUGAGCACCAGGACUGGGGAUGGGCGAGCGAAAGCCAGGUGAAGGAGAAGAAGUGGCCCAAGGGUACUUUGGAUUCAUUGUCGCUGCAGCACGAGUCUAUACUGCAGGCAUUUCGGACGCGGACAGGAUGAUGAUGUGGCGUAGGGAGUGGCCUGGGGGCUUGAUGUGUGCAAGUCAUCGAUGGCAAUACAGCCAAGACGCCACGCCGUUCUUCAUGGCGAGACGGGCAACGAUGCUUGGCAGGUUGUUCAAGAAGCUAGCUAGGCAGUCAUCACACCAUGGAGCUUAGAUAUCCGCGAUUCGAAGCUCGUACGUAUUUCUAGCAGCCGUCGUUUCCGUUUCUUGGAGCACGGG